AUGCCUAGGGAUAAUCAAAUAUCUAUAGAUGGAGGCUUAGAUCGUUUCGCCUGCAUGUCAUGCGACGAGCGAAUUUUCACUUCUGAAAGCGCACUGCUGCAGCAUUGCCGAAAGGCUACUUGCCAUCAGGGAGAAUGGUGCGAACGCUGCACGUGGCUGUUCGUGUCUCAAUCAGCAUACCAAGCACACAGGCGCGAUUCCGAUGUACACUGGGUUUGUUCAAAAUGUGGCUGUGACGAGAGCGAAAAAGACCGCCUAAUUUCUCACAUGUCGGAAUCCCAUUUGUAUUGCUUCGAAUAUUGUGAGCAAGAGUUUGACAACGAAAAUAAUCUGCAAAUGCACAAACAAAUACAUCUCCCUCGAUCGAAAGAAUGUCACGGAUGUACACGCAAGUUUGCAACCGUCUCCGCAAUGAUGUUGCAUCUCGAAUCCGAUACGUGCCCGUCAGGUAUUACUCUCGGCGAUAUCGAUCAAUGGGCCUUUGGGUGCUAUCAAUCACGCUACUAUACUAACGAAUGGGAUGAUGAGUAUAAGUACAAGUGCCCUACAUGCGGGAAUGAAUUCGAAUUUGUCAGCGGAUUGUUUCAACACAUUGAAAGUCCUUCUUGCGAU